CCGCAGUUCCACCUCAAUCCAAUUCCCUCUUCUCCUCCACCGCCCACCCAAAUCCCCUGCCAUCCACCGCCGUUGCAGGACACCAGCCACACUCGCGUCCGCGCCGCCGGCCGCCGUCAUGACCUGCGACGACGGCGACUGGCAGGAGUCCCCCGACCAGGCCGUCCUCUUCGCCGCUGAGAUCGCCGCCGUCCGCGCGGUGCUGGGCGCGCGCCUCCCGGCCGCCGACGUCCUCGCCGCGCUCGCCCGCUGCGGCGGCAACGCCGAGCGCGCCAUCAACGCCCUUCUCGACGGCGACGCCGUCGCCGACCCCUCCGACGACGGAGACGCCGACCGCGCCAUCGACGCGUUCCUCGACGCCGAGCUAGCCCGCGUCAAGGCGGAGCGCGACGUCGUCGCCACCACCCCGACACCGGCGCCGACGCCUCCAGUGAAGUUGAAGGCCAAGGCCGUCCAGGAUGCCAACAAGCAGCGCCCCGACGGCCCGCCACGCGCUAAAGGAGCGCCUUUGCUGCCGCCGCCGCGCCGUGUCAAGGAUGAGGACGAGGACGAGGUUACCAGUCGCCUUCGCCCCGCCGGCGACUGCGGCAUAAGCCUCGUGCCGCGGGCCGCGAGGAUGGACAUCGACGACGACGACGUGCACAUCACCGACGCGCCGGCCGCGCCGCCGAGGCCGAAGAAGCGGGUGCGGGAGGAGGACGCGGCCGACCUCACGGCCACGCACCCGCUGCCGUACCUCAACCCGCGGCCCAUCCGGGCCAUCCCGCCGCAGGAGGCCGCGCAGAUGUACCGCCCGCCGGCGCCGCCGGCGCCGGCGCCGCGGCGGGCGAAGGCCAUCGCGCCCCCGCCGUCGAGCGAGUGGAAGAUGGUCGUGGCGCCGCCGGAGGCGGAGUUCGGCGACUUCCCGCCGGAGAGCGACUGGUUCCUCGUCGACAAGUCAUACGUCACUGGCCUCUCCACGCACAGCGGGAGGAGGGCGUUGGACGCCGGCGAGAUCGUCCACUUCGCCUUCCCGUCCUACGGCCGCGUCCAUGGCGGUGUCAAGGUGUCCGUCAAGAAGGCGGCCGCACUGGCGCAGAUUGUUCGUUUCUCCACCAAGCGCGCUGGAGAGGUUGGGAAGCUGUCGCCAGAGUGGACAAAGUGUCUCGUCCCACUGGUGAACUCUUCCAAGGUCAAGAUCCAGGGAAAGAUCGUGUUUCCGACCGUGGAACUGAGGCUCAUGCAGGAUGUUUUGCUCUAUGUCAGCUUCUACAUCCAUAAGUCCGUGUUCACCGAAGGGGACAACUCGUCCUUAAGCCAGCUUGCUCCUGCGAAUGUUGAUUAUUCAGAUAACCCUCUCCAUGCCCUCUUCAAAUUACUCAAGCUAAGGGAAUCUAUCAAGGCUGAUUUCAUUCUUGAUGAGCUAACAAGAAAGCGGCCAUGGAAUCUGAGGGGUGAUGCUAAUGGAGAUGAUGAAUCCACUCCUAUUGUUGGACUUGAAACACAUCGCACAGCUGGCCAAACUUUUCCGGAGCAAGGUGCUGAUGAGCAGGCCAUUUCGGAAGCAGCUUUGAACAAAAUUAUUGGCACAGCUGAAACAUAUGACUUGAAGGAAGCAGAGCCACCACAUACUCUUGUUUCAGUUCUCAAACCUUACCAGAAAGAGGCUCUCUUCUGGAUGUCUGAAUUGGAGAAGGGACGCCUUGAUGAUGAAGCAAAAAAAACUAUUGAUCCCUGUUUUAGCGCCUACAGUAUUGCUGACAAGAGGGCUCCUGCAGUGUACAUUAAUGUUUUCUCUGGUGAAGCGACAACCAAGUUUCCAAGUUUAAGUCGGACUACACGAGGAGGGAUACUGGCAGACGCAAUGGGUCUUGGCAAAACUGUCAUGACUAUUGCCCUGAUACUCUCAGAUCCAAGGGGCGAGCAUUCCAAUUACAUAGAAAGGGAUACUAGACCUGUAAGUGGCCGUGGUACCAGAACAAGUGCUUCGACCCCCUCUAUAAGAGGCGGCACCCUUAUUGUAUGCCCAAUGGCAUUACUGGGUCAAUGGAAGGAUGAAUUGGAGGCACAUUCAGCACCAGAUGCUCUUUCUGUGUGUGUAUACUAUGGUGGCAAUAGAAAUAGUGACCUCAGAUUGAUGGCUGAGCAUAGCGUAGUCCUAACAACCUACGGUGUUCUUCAAGCAGCUCAUAAAGCUGAUGGCAGCAGUGUCUUUCACAUGAUAGAUUGGCAUAGAGUUGUGCUUGAUGAAGCGCAUAUGAUCAAAUCUCCAAAAACCAAAGCAGCCCAAGCGGCAUACUUAUUAUCCUCGCAGUGCAGAUGGUGCCUUACUGGCACACCAUUGCAGAAUAAUUUGGAAGACCUUUACAGUCUUCUUUGCUUCCUACAUGUCGAGCCAUGGUGUAAUGCAAAUUGGUGGCAGAAACUGAUUCAGAGACCUUAUGAGAAUGGCGACGAGAGGGGACUGAAACUUGUCAAAGCUAUUCUUAGGCCGCUCAUGCUGAGGAGGACCAAGGAAACAAAGGACAAGAUGGGAAAUCCCAUAUUGGUGCUCCCACCGGCUCAUAUUGAGGUUGUGGAAUGUGAACAAACUGUUGAGGAACGUGAUUUUUAUGAAGCGCUUUUCAGGAGAUCAAAGGUUCAAUUUGAUAAGUUUGUCGCACAAGGCAAUGUUCUUAGUAACUAUGCUAAUAUUCUUGAGCUGCUUCUUCGGCUAAGGCAGUGCUGUGAUCACCCUUUCCUAGUCAUCAGCAAAGCUGAUACCAAGAAGUACACAGACCUUGAUGAGCUAGCACAACGGUUCCUUGAAGGGGUACAGAGUGAUCCAGGACGGCUUGCCAUAGUACCCUCACGGGCAUAUGUAGAGGAGGUUGUUGAAGAAAUCCGCCAGGGUGCGACUGCUGAGUGCCCUAUCUGCCUCGAGUCAACUUCUGAUGAUCCCGUGCUCACGCCUUGCGCACACCGGAUGUGCCGUGAGUGCCUUCUUUCUAGCUGGACGAUGCCAGCUGGGGGCCCGUGCCCGCUGUGCCGGAGCCCCAUCACAAAGGCUGAUCUGAUCAAUCUGCCUGGCCAGUGCCGCUACGAGGUUGAUGCCAAGAACAACUGGAAGGAUUCGUGCAAGGUGGCGAAGCUCAUCAUGACCCUGGAGGACCUUGGGAAGAAGAGGGAGAAGAGCAUUGUGUUCAGCCAGUUCACUUCCUUCUUUGAUCUCCUGGAGAUCCCCUUGGAGCAGAAAGGGAUCAAGUUCUUGAGGUUUGAUGGGAAGCUAAGCCAGAAGCACAGGGAGAAAGUUCUCAAGGAGUUCAGUGAAAGCCAGGACAAGCUGGUGCUACUGAUGUCACUCAAAGCUGGAGGAGUAGGCCUGAAUCUAACUGCUGCCUCCAAUGUCUUUCUCAUGGAUCCGUGGUGGAAUCCUGCAGUGGAGGAGCAGGCUAUCAUGCGGAUCCACCGCAUCGGGCAGAAGAGUGCGGUCCAAGUCAGGCGAUUCAUCGUCAAGGAUACUGUGGAGGAGCGGAUGCAGCAAGUGCAGGCGCGCAAGCAGCGGAUGAUCUCUGGGGCGCUGACGGACGAGGAGGUUCGCAGCUCUCGCAUCGAGCAGCUCAAGAUGCUCUUCAAAUGAGCUGCGCCAAUAACUUAUCCUCAAGAUAAUGUAUAGUAGAUCAUUCUUAGUUUUGCGUCCCAGACUUGGUAGUAGUAGUAGUAGUAGUAUCUACGGGGGAAGAUGACGACCUUUGUGAUUGGGGAUGGAAUGGGUGUGUCAUAUGUACCCAUCCAAUUUUGUGAAUGUAUCCCCAGGCAGCAGGCAGGCAGUUGUAUAUUUUGUCUAGUGGUUUAUCUAGAACUUGGAGGAAUCUUAUGAAGAACGAGGAGGUGAUCCUCUGCUAAGUCUUAUUCUGUUCUGGAGGAAUGGUUUGCUACUUAGCAUACAGACAUGGUAGCAUCAGACCAAUCCUUAUGUGAACUUUUUGUCCA